AUGGCUAGAGGCAGAACUAGAAAAGACAGUAGGAAGGGCCAAAGCUGUGGUGGUGUUUCAGUCACACAGAGCUACAGUUUUCCUGUGGGUGACAUCCGCAGACAUCUGAAGACUCACACCACAAGCCAUGAACAGGUGGGUGCCAUGGCUGCUGGGUACAGUGACCUAAUUCUGGAGAACCUCACAGCUGAGGUGCUUGAGUUGGCAGGUAAUGCUUCCAAGGUUCUCAAAGGGAAAUGGAGAGGUUUCGACAGCCAUCAGACCUCAUUACAAGCUCUCCAAGAGCAGGGAGAAGUUCUGAGUGCAGUCCUAAUAAAAGAUGAAAAAGGCUACUUUGGAGCCCUGUGCUCCCCAGGAGAGUCUGCCUCGGUGGUAACCAUGCUCAUUGGGAAGCCAUCUUUGGCCCGAGCACAGUAG